UCGCUCCCCCGCCGGAUGCUGCCUGGGCUCUUUUGGCUGUUUUUCUUCGCCGGCGAUGAAGGCGCUGCCUUGAAGAUGGAGAUGAUCUGUUUUUUAUUCCUGUCUCUGGUGCCAGCCUACAGCAGGGGACAGGGGGUUUACGCUCCUGCUCAGGCCCAAAUCAUCCAUGCUGGGCAGGCGUGCGUGGUGAAGGAGGACAACAUCAGCGAGCGUGUUUACACGAUUCGGGAGGGGGACACACUGGUCCUGCAGUGUCUGGUCACAGGACACCCCCGGCCACAGGUGAGAUGGACCAAAACUGCUGGCAGCGCAUCGGACAAAUUCCAAGAGACGUCAGUGCUUAACGAGACCCUGCGGAUUGAGAAGAUCCAAAGGCUGCAGGGGGGCCGCUAUUACUGUAAAGCAGAAAAUGGGGUUGGGGUCCCAGCCAUCAAGUCCAUUCGAGUAGAUGUGCAGUAUCUAGAUGAACCUGUUCUCACCGUUCACCAGACCAUCAGCGAUGUACGUGGCAGCUUCUACCAGGAGAAGACUGUCUUCCUCCGUUGCACCGUCAACUCCAACCCUCCAGCUCGCUUCAUAUGGAAACGGGGAUCUGAGACGCUUUCCCACAGUCAGGACAAUGGCGUGGACAUCUAUGAACCCCUCUACACACAGGGUGAAACCAAAGUCCUGAAGCUGAAGAACCUGCGGCCCCAGGAUUACGCCAGCUACACGUGCCAGGUGUCCGUCCGCAACGUCUGCAGCAUCCCCGACAAGUCCAUCACCUUCCAGCUCACAAACACCACAGCCCCACCUGCUCUGAAACUGUCGGUCAAUGAGACGUUGGUGGUCAACCCCGGUGACAACAUCACUAUGCAGUGCUCUCUGACAGGCGGUGACCCACAGCCAGAGGUGGUUUGGUCUCACUCUCCUGGCCCGAUGCCUCCCAACAGCCUUGUGCAAGGGGGCAACCUCACCAUCUGGAGGAUCCGUGUGGAGGACUCAGGCUACUACAACUGCACAGCCAUCAACAACGUGGGGAACCCAGCCAAGAAGACAGUGAAUCUGCUGGUGCGGUCCAUGAAGAAUGCCACGUUCCAAAUCACCCCUGAUGUGAUCAAAGAGAGUGAGACCAUCCAGUUAGGGCAGGACUUGAAACUCUCAUGCCACGUGGAUGCUGUCCCCCAGGAGAAGGUUGUCUACUCCUGGUACAAGAAUGGGAAGCCAGCCAGGUUCUCAGACCGGUUGCUCAUCACCAGGAAUGACCCCGAGCUCCCACCCGUGACCUGCAGCUUGGAGAUAAUCGACCUGAGGUUCAGUGACUACGGCACCUACCUGUGUGUGGCCACCUUCCAGGGAGCACCCAUUCCUGACCUCAGCGUGGAGGUGAACAUCUCCUCAGAGACAGUGCCACCAACCAUCAGUGUCCCCAAGGGCCAGUCCACCAUCACCGUCCGGGAGGGCUCCAGGGCUGAGCUGCAGUGCGAGGUGCGAGGGAAGCCCAGGCCACCCAUCAUCUGGUCCCGGGUAGAUAAGGAAACCCCCAUGCCUUCAGGGACAAUGACGGCGGAGACAUAUGAUGGGAAGCUGCGCCUGGAGAGUGUGAGCCGAGACAUGAGCGGGACCUAUAAAUGUCAGACAGCCAGGUACAAUGGCUUUAACAUCAGACCCCGGGAAGCCCUGGUGCAGCUCAACGUGCAGUUCCCGCCGGUGGUGGAGCCAGCCUUCCAGGACGUGCGCCAGGGCAUGGGGCGCAGCGUCACCCUGCGCUGCACCAUGCUGAAGGGCAGCCCCAUGAAGGUGGCCACCUCCGUCUGGCGCUUCAACGGGACCCUCCUGGCGCAGCCCCCGGUGGAGCAGCAGGACUACUCGGAGCUGAAGGUGGACAGCGUGAGCCGGGAGACCAGCGGCAACUACGAGUGCAGCAUUUCUAAUGACGUGGGGGUCUCCGCCUGCCUCUUCCAGGUGUCUGCAAAAGCUUACAGCCCAGAGUUUUACUAUGAUACUCCCAACCCCACCUUGAGCCAGAAGCAAUCCAAGAAUUACUCUUACAUCUUGCAGUGGACGCAGAAGGAGCCUGAUGCUGUGGAUCCCAUCCUCAAGUAUCGCCUGGAAGUCAGGCAGCUGGCUCAGAGAAGCACCAUCCAAACCUUCAUUCCUGUGCAGAAGAUGGAGAAGGGCCUGCUGCUGGAGCACAUCUUGCCCAACCUGAAAGUGCCUCAGAGCUACGAAGUUCGCCUGACGCCCAUCACCAGCUUUGGGGCUGGGGACAUGGCUGCCCGCAUCAUCCGGUACAUGGAACCAAUCAACUAUCCCAACCCAACGGAUAACACCUGCCGCUUCGAGGACGAGAAGAUCUGUGGCUUCGUGCAGGACAAGAUGGACAACUUUGACUGGACGCGGCAGAACGCCCUGACACAGAACCCCAAGCGCACCGUCAACACGGGGCCCCCCACAGACAUCAGCGGUACACCGGAGGGUUAUUACAUGUUCAUCGAGGCAUCUCGGCCCAGGGUGACGGGAGACAAAGCCCGGCUGAUCAGCCCCCUCUACAACAUUACGGCCAAGUACUACUGUGUCUCCUUCUACUACCACAUGUACGGCAAGCACAUCGGCUCCUUGAAUCUGCUGGUUCGCGUGCGGAACAAGCGGGCCAUCGACACCCAGGUGUGGUCACUCAGCGGGAACCGGGGGAACAUGUGGCAGCAAGCACACGUGCCCAUCAACCCGCCAGGACCCUUCCAGAUCAUCUUUGAAGGCGUCCGGGGCACGAGCUACGAGGGGGACAUUGCCAUCGAUGAUGUCACUCUGAAAAAGGGGGACUGUCCGAGGAAGCCAAUUGGACCAAACAAGGCGGUUGCUCUUCCAGGAAGCGGUGUCCCAGCCCUGCACAGCCCUUGUCUUUGCGGCCCAUUGACUUUCUUCCUUUACGUGCUGCUCAGAUGA